ACCACCAUCGUCACUUCAAGAGGUUCGAAGUUAAAAACACCCGCCCCUCGAAUGUGGUUUUUUACAGUUUAAAAGCAGAAGAAAAUGGUGGGUUUACUUGCUUUGUCGAAACACCCCUUUCCUUACUUCCAUUCUUUUGGCUCUCUUCUUCUAGACCCAAUAAAACCUUCAUCAGCUUCUCGUUUCUCAGUAUCUUCAUACACUAUCUCCCAUAUUGAAGAGUGUUGUUUUUCUUUCAGUAAAGCCACAAAAUUUCAACUGAAACCGCCAUUAACACACGUGUGUUUUCGACCCAGUAAAUGGGAUCUUGUCCAAUGCAGUUGUAUUAGCUCAACUUCGAGCAUUCGCACUGAUAUGCGGAUGUUAUUCUCAUUCUUUCGGGAAGUGGGUCUUAACCAGAAUGAAACUGAAGUACUUCUGGUCAAGAAUUCAGCUCUAGCAUUGACAUCUAUGGAUUCCAUCCAAGCUCGGGUAUUCUCCUUAAAAUCGGUUGGAAUUGAUGGGUUUUCACUCUGUUCCUUAAUCACUAAAAGACCAACUUUAUUAACGGCUCAAGAAGUUGGUAAGUUCUUAAGUUUUGUGAUCAAUGAUUUGGAAGGGAAGAUUGAGACCUCCCAGCUAGAGAUUCUUUUUGCAACUACAGCGCCAGUGUACUUGGUGGGGUUUGAUCAAAAGGUCAGUCUUCUUCUUGAACGAGGAGUUCCAAGAGAAAGCCUUUAUCACGUUCUCAACAAUGUGAGUUUAUCCAAGGCAUUAUGUGGUAGGCCAAUUGAAGAUAUUGAUAAGACUAUUGCUUACUUGAGCCAUUAUGGAGGCAUAGAUUUGAUUGUAAAGCGUCCCAAGAUCCUGAAUUAUGAUCUUGAAAGGCAGCUGAUACCAAGAAUUGAGUUUCUCAGGGAGCUUGCUGGAGGAGAUGAGGGUGGUGUAGGAACAGUUUUGAGCAGGCUCCCUGCAAUUUUGAGUUACAGCGCGAAACACAUGGAAGACCAUGUUGUAUUUUUGAGGUCUUUUGCUGGCCUAACUGAUGAGGAAAUAUUCAAGAUUGUGGUUGUUUAUCCCAAUGUUUUCAGUGCCAGCAGGGAGAGGAAAUUGCAUCCUAGAAUAGAGCUUCUCAAACAAUGUGGGCUGAAUUCGAGGGAAAUCUUUAGGUUCUUGCUUAAGGCUCCUACAUUUAUUAGCCUUUCAUAUGACAACAACAUUGCUUUUAAACUGGUUUUGCUGGUAAAGAUUGGAUAUAGACAUAGAACCAAGGACCUGACAGUGGUAAUGAGGUCUAUAACCAGAACAAGUUGCCUGAAUAUGCAAAAGGUAGUUGGGCUAUUCUUGAAUUAUGGAUUUACUUAUGAAGACAUCUUUGCUAUGAGCAAGAAGCAACCUCAGAUACUGCAAUAUAGCCAUGAUUCUCUGGAGAAGAAGAUGGAGUACUUAAUAGAGGAGAUGGGUCGAGAUAUUGAAGAAUUGUUGGCUUUCCCGGCAUUCCUUGGUUACAAAUUUGAUGAUAGAAUUAAGGCCAGAUAUGAGUUAAAAAGGAAGACUAUGGGCGACGGAAUGUCACUGAACAAGCUUUUAACUGUUACCGGUGAGAGAUUUUCGCAAAAAAGAAGAGAAAUACCAGUUCUUGUGAAUGAAGAAGAGUGAAUGAUAAGACAACAGUAAGUUUUCAUUUCCCUAAGUUCAAUUCAAUUACCAAUAGACCCAGUUGAUCCUUUUAAAAUAUGUAAAAUCUGAUGAGAAAACAACUAUGUAGUAUAUAUUUUUUGAAUUGCCUCACCUUACAUAAUUUGAAGAACAGAAAACUAUAACCAUGUAUGAACCCAAGAGGGACUCAAACAUCAAAUAUUGUGGGAGCAAAUCACAGGCUGAUCGUUUGAGUUAUCCCUCUUGGUUCAACUUUGUAUAAUACUAAUAGCGCACAAGUGCACCAGAUGUACCAGAAUCAACAUGUGUUUUAAGAAGGAACUGAAGCAUGCUAUGUUCAGUAUGUUGUUAGCUAGAAUCUUAUUAUGCCCUGUUCCAUUGGUUGGCAAGCUUUAGAAGAGGAAAGAAGAGUUUCUAUUUUUAU